AUGUACUUUGGAAUCAAUUUGAUACUUCUUUGAGGUAAAUAUCCUUGCGAAUUGUUGACAAAAAGUUAGCAGAAAUUACGCUGAGGAUUUGUGUGGUUUCAUCUGUGUUCCCGGUGAGGGUCUGGACUCUAACAAUAUUUGAAGCAACCUUGGUAUUCAAGGAACUCCAGUGUACACACUCUAGAAAGAUGAAGAAUUUGGUCUUCUGUUUGAAGCAAAUGCUGAUGAGAAGCCCAGAUAAGGACUGAAGAUCAGACAAGCUGUUUUUAUAUGGUGUUAAAGGCCAGCAGGUUUCUCAGCCCAACGUGCUUCAAAGUGUGAACCUUGGCUUGAGAGGGAACUUAUGCCUGCUGUAUAUAUGGACAAGAAAAUUAUCAGAAAGCCUUAAGUUUUUAAUAUUGUUUACACAGUUGGGAAGCCCAUUGGUUAUAAUGUUCAAGAGGACAAACUCAGAGCCUUCAACUGGUUCCCAGAAGGCUCCUCAAACUGAAUUCAUGCCAAAAGGAGGGUACAAGAGUGUAUUAUUGACUCCUUCACAGAGUUUGCCGUUAUCACCCUCAGAGCUUAAUACACCAGGAUUCCUUUGCUCUUUUGGUUUUGCCAACAACAGGUCAUCAUCCCAACCUGAAACUCCCAAGUCUCACAUGGAAACCACCCCACAGACCUCAACUGCACUUGAUGAUGUUGAUACUCAGAGCAAAUCAGACUCCAGCAUGUCCUUGCCAUCUGUGAAUAGUGUUAAAGCUGAUUUGAGUAGUUCACUUCCACCGCAGAAGGGCGGUGCCAAUGAAGAAAAACACGUUGAUCUCUCAGAGUCACAACUUAAUUUCUUAUCACACAAUUUGUCAGAGAUUGCUGAUAAAGUAUCACCUUCAAAGUAUGAUGAAAUGAAUGAAGUGGACUUAGAUUCUUUGGAAAUACUGACAGAAGAAACUUUAAAGCAAUCAUCCCAAGUAGAAUUUCCAAGCAAUGAACAAACACGAUUCAAAACUCCAUAUUCAAGACGAAGCAGGGAGAAUAAAUCCUAUGUAUCUAAACAAAAGAGUUUUACCCGAAAAAGAACUCAGGGUUAUCAUAGCUCUCAUCAAGAAAUGAAUAACAAUGGAGAAAUAUCUUUGGAUACUUCUAAUGUUCUAAUACUUGGUAAUGCUCAAGAAACAUUUAAGCAUGAUAGUGAGAGCGAAUCAGGUUACAGCUCAUCUAUGUCAACAUCAAUAAGUUUAAGUGAUGAAAAUGAAGCGUUUAAAAGACUUAGCUCAGGAAAUGGAUCUGGUACAGACUUUGAUGCUGAUGAAUUAACAGUAACUGAAGAUGCAGAUCGUACCAGGAAAAAUUCUGUGGAUAAGGAAGUGAGAAAUGAAAGGCCUACACCUCCUUUGGAACACAGGGACUCUAGUUAUCUUCAAGAAAGGCUGGAUUCUUUAAUUCAGGGUGUGUCAACUGGAAUGGGUGAUGUUUCUUUAGCUGAAGUACUUUUGACAAAAAGUGAUGUUAACUCACAUGGUGAUGUAUCAAAUGUUUUAGAGGAACCAUCACCAAGUUUUAAAUUAACUUUUACCAAAAAUCAGGAAGGUGAUCAGUCCAAGACAGAAUCAAAAGAACGAUCUAACAGUGCUGCAAAACCACCCUUUCCUUUACUUAAGGGCAAGGUGUCUUCAGAUGACUCAGCAAUACCAAGAAGUAAAGGUGGUAAAAGACCAGGUUUAGUACGAAGAAGGACAACACUAGUGUCUUUUCGUCCUCCAAAACAAAUGGCUGCUCAAGAAGGAGAAGGUGACAUUGUUGAAAUGGACGAAGUCGGGUUCAUGCAACUGUUCACUGAUAUUAAAUCUCUAAAGACUCAAUUGCUUAAACUGAAACGUGAACUUCAAGAGGCUGAUGUCGUUUCUCCACUGAUGCAUUCGCACUCCUGUUUGGCAAGGAGGGCAUCUGCAUCUGUUGACUCUGAUCCAGCAAUGGAGAGAGAAACUGCUUCACAUAGAAAGAGGAUGUUGAACAGAACCAUGACCAUGGAUCCUGCAGCCAUGCAAGAGAGGAUUCAGACCACCAGAACAAGAGGUUCCUCCAUGUCUUCAAUGGAUGGAAAAGAUAGUGUGGACGAUGUCACAGAGAUUUCACACUUACCGGUAUUCAGUAGUUCAGUGCAGACCAAGGAAGUGGCGGCAAUCCCUGAUGUCAAGCCAGAAGCUGCGUCAACUGGGGCUAGUGUCGAGGAAGUGAAGAAACUUCGUGACGAACUAGGAGAAGUGAAAAACAAACUUCUUGAUCUUACUCAGGAGAGAACGUCGCUUAUGAUUGAAAGAGAAGAACUCGAACAUGAACUCGACAGCAAGAAUCACACGAUCAGAAUGCUUCAAAAACAACUGGAAGCCCAAGACAAUCGAGACGAGAUAGCAUACUUCAAGAGUCAAGUCAAGUCACUCACAGAUCAGAUACAGCAACAGCAACAGAAGAUCACAGAACUUAGAUAUCGGUCGACCAGCCCUGGUCCUGUCCCCCUGGGAUCGGUUCCAAACCUUCAAAACAAAAAGGAAGCUAUCAAAUCAGACAUCAGGAAUCGCCUCAGGGAUGCUUUUGUGAGACAUCUGGGAGAGUCGUCAAAGAGUCAUGUUCAGCUGAGCAAACAUAUCCAGAAAGCGGAGCAGAACAUCAUCAUGGCACAGAAAGGUCUUAUCUCGUUAUAUUCACCACCUGUCCUAUCACCUCACGCCAGCACAGAGCAGCUGCCGAAAGACAAAUCGAGACCUUCGUUCGAAAGAUCCGACUCACAUUCAAGUGUCGAAAGAGGUCACGAGGACUCGGAUGGAAGAGAAUACGAAUCGGACUCGACAAAGUCAAGCAACCGACGAGGAAUGACAUCCUCGGGAAUCGAAGGAAACAACGAAGACUCAAGUUCGGAGGCUGGAAGAUCUAGGAGAAGACGCACAGCGUAUCCAAGUCAAGACGAAUCGGAUGGAAGAGCGUCUGAUUCAGAUUCGGGAAAGUCGAACAGACGGCGAAUUGCGUCGCCACCAUUGGAUUCGAUCUCUGAUAAACCGAACAAGACAAUUUUAGAAUCUAAUCCAUCUUUGCCAGGGAUACAGAUUGAGGUAACAGACACUGGCAAAACCAUUAGACAGUCCUCUUUGGCUUCACCACGAACAAGAAAAUUAUCACGAUCAAAAUUAUUUAGCAAGAUAGAAUCCUCACCUCUCUCACACUCAUGGACUCCUGGCGCAAUUGAAAAGAUUGUAAAAUCGUGGAGAGAAGCAAAAUCUCCUGAUGUUCAAGAGAAAACGAAAGAGGAAGACAAUCCCCUUAAACAUGAGACCCACGUCCAGUUUCUUUGAAAGUUACGUCUUAAGAAGGAAUAUACACUUUUUUUUAAGGUACAUGUUUCUUGCCAAGGCUAAAUUUUCUGAAUUUUUUAUGAACCUUUUUUUAGGCUGAGAGUUGAUUUUUACACUUUUAGAUUAUAUGGUAUAGUUUAAUGAUGAAAGGGAAGGACGUGUCUUUAUCGUUUUGUUGGCAGUGUGAUUUCGAUUUCAUUGUGUUUUGUUUUUCCACUAAUUUGUAAAACUUCAUUCAAGAGUGUAUUCGCAGCUUUGGGUGUACAAGAGUAUUCUGAACAUGUCCUAUCACUUCACUGAUUUCUACCUUGAUUAGCCAGAAAAGAAUAUAUAUAAAAAGAGAAGUGUACACCCGCUGUUCACGCCACGAUCAGACUGAUCUGGUCACUGAAGCCUACUCGUGUUCAUAAAUAUUUCAGAGUUAGUCAAGAUUUUCCCCAUUUUCAUGCUACAAUUUUUUUCUUACUAUAACCCUGACUUGUUAACGGUGCAUAUUUGAUCGGACACUGACAUUAAUCCCUUUUUAUCAUUAUUAUCAUCAUCAUCAUUAUUAUUAUCAUUAUUGUUGUUAUUAUUAUCAUCAUAUCGUUGUGUUUUUUAUCAACCAUGUUUCAAAAAGCUGUGCCAUUUAUCUCGUUGCGCUGGACUGUCGCCAUAAGGUUGUUGUAGGUAUAUGUGUGUGCUUCAAACCGACACCAUUUGCAUUGUAUUCUCUCAUCAUCACUUUAAUGAUGAUAUAUACCAACAACAUGCCAUGAUUGUAAACAAAAAUCGCAAUAAACAGGAAAGAGACUCUA